CUAGACCUUCCACACCUACAACGCAAGACACCACCAUGUCAGUUUCCACUGCUGUGAUGAGCACCUCAACCCCAGGAAAGAACAGCGCCCCCACAGAAGCUACAGUAGAGACGUCCACUGCAAUCCUGUCCACUUCACCUACCCCAGUCACAAGCCAGGCAGUAUCCAGCCCCUGGGUACCUACUGACACAACCCCACUCCAUUCACACAGGCCCGUCCCUAAUGUUCAAGUGACCUUCUAUACAGUCAGCUUGAAUGCCACGCUGAAAGACUCAUCAGAUAACCCAGAACCAUUCAUUUACGAAUGGCUUCUUAAAAUCUUGCCGGGGGACGAAAUGACAGCUUUCAAUCUCAACGCUUCGCUCGCCCCCGUGAGAAUGUCACCUACUAACGCAGCCAGAGGAAAGAAUUCUGUUGGCACGGUUGCUCUGCCCAGACAAACCAGCUGUGCCUGCAGGUUCCAGCUGCAGGUGAACUCCACAGCAAAUGUGAAUGACACCAAGACACAGAUUGAGCAUCUGCUGCAAAAAAACUACACCAAUGGUACUGGAUCUGUGGAACCCGAGCCCAACAGCAUCAAUGUCUACCCCAUUGAACCUGGAAGAUGCCCAGAACAGACCCAGCUGAUGCACCAGGGGCAAUACCUAUGGCCCGAGACCCAGGCCCGCUUCACAGCCAAACUGCAGUGUGAAAGGGACCCUGAAAAUCAAGCCACGAGGAACUGUAUGGUGAAUGCUUUGACAAACCGUGCCCAGUGGGACAAGCCAGACCUGAUGUCCUGUCCGACGCUGCAUAAAACCAUUGCUGACCUCAGCAAUAUCACCGUCACUGCCAACAACUCUGAGGAUCUGGCAGAACUGAUCAAAAACCUGACCAGCGACCAGCUGUUUUUAAGCCACAACGAGCUGAUCAUUGUGUUUUCCAAGAUGGCAGAGAUCCUGGAUGCUGGCAGUGUGACUCCACCCCUCGGGCAGACUAUCAUCGACAUCCUCAACAAACUCCUGGGAACUGAGAGCAACCUGCAGCCCUUCACCAACGACAUCCUGAAUGUCAUGGAGAGUCUCGGGAACAGAAUAGCCUUCCCAGGGAAUCUCUUCAGCCUGACGUCCCCAAACCUGGCGCUCUCCGUCGUCGGCGUGGACCCCCGCAACUUCUCUGGCCUCGCAUUUGGGGUGUCCUCCUUCUCGCAGGGCGUUAACCCACAGGUUUUCAUAAACCAGGGGCCUUCCAGCCAUACUAUAGCUUUCAUCUCUCUGCCCUCCGCUCUGGAAAACCACUUCCCCCAGCACACAGAGCUCGCCAGAUCCCGGGUGCAGUUCCAGUUCUAUGGGAAAACCGAACUUUUCCAGGACUCCAUGAAGGAAAAGUCCCUGCUCACCUAUGUGAUAUCCGGCAGCGUGACCAACGCCACCAUCAGGAACCUGAGGGACCCAGUCACUGUGACGCUACACCAUCUCAAACCCAACCGGCUCGGCCAGCAGGUCCAGUGCGUCUUCUGGGAUCUGCAGAAGAACGGUGGACAGGGAGGGUGGAGUCCUGAGGGUUGUGAGGUAUAUGGCACCAGUGUGAACCACACCACCUGUGUCUGCGACCACCUCACGCACUUCGGGGUGCUUCUGGUCCCCUCCAGGUCCCCUGUGAAUUCUGUGGAUAACCGGAUCCUCACCCUCAUCACCUACGUGGGCUGUGGACUGUCUGCCUUGUUUCUGGGGAUCAGCUUACUCACCUACACAGCCUUCGAAAAACUGCGCAGGGACUAUCCGUCGAAGAUCCUGAUGAAUCUCUCUGCCGCCCUGCUGGGCUUGAACCUGGUGUUUCUGGUGGACUCCUGGCUGGCCUCCUUCAAUCGCCGUGGCCUGUGCAUCUCCGUGGCUGUCAUCCUGCACUACUUCCUGUUGGCCUCCUUCACCUGGAUGGGCCUGGAGGCUGUGCACAUGUACUUCGCCCUGGUCAAGGUCUUCAACAUCUAUGUUCCCUGCUACAUCCUCAAGUUCUGCUCUGCUGGGUGGGGGAUUCCACUGCUGGUCAUUGCCCUUGUAUUGGCAAUUAAUAAAGACGCCUAUGGCAGUGGACUCUAUGCCAAGUCUCUCAGUCCAUCGGAAGACUCCGAGGAAUUGUUCUGCUGGGUGCAGAGCGACGUGGCGUUCUACGUGUCGGUGGUGGCCUUCUUCCUGCUGGUCCUGCUGUGCAACGUGGCCGUGUUCGUCGUGGUGCUGCUCCAGAUCCGCAACGUGAAGGCCAAGCAGCCGGCGGGCUGCCGCGGCGGCCUCCUGCACGACCUCAAGAGCGUGGCCAGCAUCACCUUCCUGCUGGGCCUCACCUGGGCCUUGGCCUUCCUGGCCUGGGGGCCGGCCAGGGUGCCCCUGCUCUACCUCUUCUCCAUCUUCAACAGCCUGCAAGGGUUCUUCAUCUUCGUCUUCCACUGCCUGAUGAAGGACAGCGUGCGGAAGCAGUGGAGGAUCCACCUGUGCUGUGGUCGAUUCCGACUCGCCACCACCUCAGAGUGGAGCCAGUCGGGCACAAAGUCGAGAGAGAAACAGCUCGCCCAUUCUCCUUCUGUCAAGUCGGCCAAGUCGGACAAAUCCAACUCCACCAGCAGCACCUCCAACGAGUCGGACUCGGGGGGGAGGCUGGUCUCCACUCCAGACCUGGUGUACGAGAACACCCUGACGGUGCCCCAGGCUCACAGCCCUUCCUUUCACGACGUGCUGCGGGUGGGGCCCAGGGAGAUGGAGGGGACCUACCAGGUGUGCUCCUGGCUGCCCAGAGAGAGGUCCUACUGAGGGCUCUCCGACUGGCAGCACACCUCCCAGAUCCCAGGGCCUAGGUUUGCUUCCCACUCGGGACUCAACAUUUCAAGCGGACGGGGUGCAGAGUCGAUCCAUGCAGUCAGGUCUCCAAGGGCCUGAAUCUCAGGCUCUCAGGCGCUCCACUGUUUCUCCCACAAUGAUGCAAAUUUCCCUCAACUGGGUAAAGGCCACCUGAUGGACAAGGCUUGAUUAGCAGGCAAGGCUCUCAGAAAACCCCCUAGGACGAGCUAGUGUACAAACUGACAAAGUGUGGUGCAGCAGGGAGGAGCCAGGCUUUUGAUCGUGUGACUGUAACAGUGCUUGACAUCCGGGGCUCAGUUUUCACAUUUUUGAUCUAACAGAAUGCAGAGUAAGUAAUUCAUCAGUUCCCUGCUCCCUUGCACUGCCAUUGAUACGUUUCUAGAAGUAAUUAUAAGGUGCAGCACUAACAUUGAAGCCACUGAGCAAUGGGAGAUGUUAGACGUUAUGAAUCUAAAUUCUAUAAUGAUAAUUGCUUGUGACAAUAUAGAGCUUUCCAUCCCUAAGGUUCCUGAGGUGAUUCAUGUAGCAAAGUACCAACUUUCUUCACCACUGACAUUCAGCGCCCACCAGGGAGAGAUUCAUGAGCCUCACUGCACAACAGUGAGAAAUCACUUCGCCCAUUGAAUAACGGAGAACACUUCGGUAUGCCUGAAUGUGCAGGUGACACCUGUAUCAACUCCCCUGUUCUUACAAAAUAUACCACAAGAUCUUUAAUGACCGGAUCUUCUGGAUCUCGGUAUAACAUGUUGCCUAAACAAAAGCACCUCCUGCCGCACAGCGCCCCCUAAUGACCAUUCUGGAGCUUUGCUUUGGAAAUGCUGAUUUAGGGGGAAAAGCACCACCUACUGGUCCACCAACACCCCUUACAACAACAAUCAGAUUUUCCUUAGAGAGCUCCCCUCCCAGUUCUGAUCAGGCCUAAUCCUGCUUAACUUCUUAGAUCUGACGAAAUUAGGUUACAACAUGGUAGGUACACAUGCCACUUCCUGUCCCUCUUUUCUAGGGAGCAAAUCCUGCACUGGCUUUUCCACCAGAGCAGUACUGGUACUAGACAAGCAAACACAGACAUCAGAAUAGACUAAAAAUUAAAAUAAAAUAAGUACAGCAAUACAAAAUAAAAUAUAUAGA